GAUUUCAAUAUAUACCACCAUACUUUCAAUGAUGCUUUUCGACCAGCAAGCAAAGCAAAUCCUCAAGGGAUGUCUGUAAAUAACAGUGGAGAUAUAUUAUAUGCAAAAAAAUUAUCUGCUCUCCAGAGUAACAACUGCAGCAAUAGUAGUACAUCCAAUUCUUUGGCUAAAGCAACUGUAGGUCUAAUGCGAAAAAUAUCAACAACUCAAGCAGUGGAUCAAUUUCAUCAGGCAUCCAGCACGUUACAGCAUUUUACCCAAAAUCAAUCAAUCCGUCAAGAAUCUCAUCAUCUCUCAGAUUUGGCCAAGAAUUACGUACUGCAUGGAAGAAGUAUUUCCGAAUUAUGUGAGCAUAAUUCCGCAGUGGCUAGAGAAUUUGGAAAACCCAAUAUAUCUGUGAUGUGGAAAAUAAUAAAGACAAUGUAUGGUGAAGAGUUCAUGCAGAACUCCAUCACUUCGAGCAAUACUAACAGAGAUGAAGUAUUGAUGAACAGCAAACCCAUCAGCAAUAUUGCCAGCGUAGUGCAAAUGGAGAAUACUAUAAAUAACAUAAAAGAUUUGGGAACUGAACCAAAACCUAAAGGUGUGAUUGAUCAAACUGCUCAAUUCAGUGGAGGCGAUGAUGAAACUGAAAAUGAAGACCAAGUGGAUCAUAUAGGCAUGUACAAUGGUUUUCCCACCUAUUUGAAUGUCCGUACAGGUCUUCCGAAAGGCGACUUUUCGUUUGGAGAAAAUGAACUCGAUAUGGAAUUAGACAGUUUGAAUUCAGAUUUUCAAGUGGGCUACCGAGGGUUCAACCAUUUAGCAUCAGAAUGUCAUGAGUGGAUCAUACCAAAUGAAGCAUUUCCAGUACGUCAUGAGCUCAAGGAUCGAUCUCCUCCCCCAGAAGACUUCCCUAAUCAUCAUUCGCCGGAUUUUAACGAGGAUACCCAAACUUUUCAAGUUGAAGAUGAAUCUAUUACCCUUCUUUCUGUGUCGAAACCUCCCAAGAAGUCUCUCUGGGAUCCGAGUGGCUUAGUGGUCGAAGCAUUGAAACAUCAUGCAAUAUUAGGAGAUAUACAGACGGCAGCGUGUAUUCUCAUAGUUUUGGGAGAUUGUAGAAAAUAUUUGAAACAACUAGAUGAAGCUAUGCAAGAACACUGGCUUCUUGGUUACAUAGAAGUACUUAGCAGGUAUCGUUUAUGGAAUAUUGUGACUCAGAUCAUCAAUCUUUCUUGGUUACCAUCUGUCUAUCAACUGAACCAACAGAGUACAAGAAUCAAUACGAAUUGCAGCAAGUGUGCGAAACCCUUACAGAGAGGAGGGUGGCUGUGUGACAGGUGUCACUCUUCCGAAUAUGCGCUAUGUACCAUUUGCAAUCAAGUUGUAAAAGGAUUAUAUGUCUGGUGUCAAGGGUGCUCCCAUGGAGGCCACUUGAUGCAUAUCAAACAGUGGAUUUCUUCGCAUAAAGAAUGUGCUACAGGGUGUAGGCACUUGUGUGAAUAUAGAUGAACAGAACAAGUAAUUUGAAGGAAACGAGGAACUUUGAUGAAUAGUAUGGAUAGUAUCCACUGAAGACGUUAUAUAUAAAUAUUUCUGGAGUUCUUUCCCAACACCAAAUCGUUAUUUUUAACACCUCGAGACGUGUUUCGAUCACCAAGUGAUCAUCUUCAAGAGGAAGAUUAAACUGAUUCAAUCAGUUGGGAAAGAACUCCAGUAAUAUUCAUUUCUACACCAUAGGUUCCUAACAGUGCAUCAUAAGUACGUUAUAUAUAGUUUACACAUGUGAAAAUUAAUCGAUACAUCUUGACGAUUGUUGUAAAGUGUAAAAAGACUACUCUGGAAGCAAAUUUUGUCUAUUAUUA